GCAAAAUAUUUCUGGGACUGAGAACCCAACAAUCAGUACAACAUGAAAAGUACCUUUCCAUUGUCAAACAGAUGUUUGUCCUUCAAUCCAAUUUGGGUCAUAUAUUUGACCCCUUGUAGUACAGGCUAUGUUAAGUAGGGAAAAUAAUUGAAUGUCUGACAUUUUUGUUGUGAUUACUGAAAACUCAAAAUUCUAUUUUCAAAUGCAACAAGCAUAUAAUUGUGAUACAGAACAAUGCGCGAGGUCAUAUCUAUCCACAUCGGGCAGGCCGGUUGCCAGAUUGGGAACGCCUGCUGGCCAUUGUUCGCGCUUGAGCAUGGCGUCGGGGCCGACGGCAAGAUUGGCUCGCGGGCCCAAGCUGACGACACUAUGCACACGUUUUUCCACGACACCCGAUCGGGUCGGGUCGUGCCACGCAAUAUGUUUCUAGAUCUGGAAGAAUCGGUGAUAGACGACAUCAAAAAGGGACCCUAUCGAGACCUCUAUCACCCACUGUACAUGAUCAGUGGUAAAGAGGACGCGGCCAAUAACUACGCUCGAGGACACUACACAGUUGGUCGUCAGAACCUCGAACCUGUUACGAAUGCUAUACAAAAGCUUGCGGAGCAAUGCGAUGGACUGCAGGGAUUCUUGAUCUACCGUUCGUUCGGUGGAGGCACCGGGUCAGGAUUUUCGUCCUUGCUGAUGCAUCAAAUUGCUAUGGACUUUGGCAAAAUAUCAAAGCUGGAAUUCUCCGUAUAUCCUGCUCCUAUGAUUUCAACAUCCGUCGUCGAGCCUUACAACACUGUGCUGACCACGCAUACCUCCAUGGAAUCUUCCGAUUGUUGCUUCAUGAUGGACAAUGAAGCCACGUACGAGAUAUGCUCCAAAAACCUUCAAAUUGGUAGACCGGACUAUCGGCAUUUGAACGGACUGGUCGCUCAAAUUGUAUCAUCCGUGACCGCCUCGCUGCGCUUCAAGGGAACGAUGAACGUGGAUUUGAACGAGUUCCAAACUAAUUUGGUUCCCUAUCCUAGGGUACAUUUCCCUCUGGUGUCGUAUGCUCCUCUUUUAUCAGCCUCAAAAGCCCAACACGAACUCUCCUCCGUAGCCGAGAUAACCAACGCGGCAUUCAGCCCCCAGAACACGAUGGUUAAGUGCGAUCCCAGAAGUGGCAAGUAUAUGGCGUGCUGUUUGCUCUAUCGGGGAGACGUCGUUCCCAACGAUAUCAACAACGCGAUCACGGCCAUCAAAAACAAACGGAACAUCAUAUUCGUCGAUUGGUGUCCGACGGGAUUCAAAAUAGGCGUUAAUCAGCAAUCGCCGGACAUCCUACCGGGAGGUGACCUGGCCAAACCCAAGAGGGCCGUUUGCCUGCUGUCCAAUUCGACGGCCAUUGCCGGAGCUUGGGAACGCAUGAAUUACAAGUUCGAUCUCAUGUACAGGAAGCGCGCGUUUGUCCAUUGGUACGUCGGCGAGGGCAUGGAGGAAGGCGAAUUCAGCGAAGCGCGGGAGGAUUUGGCCGCGCUGGAGCAGGACUAUAUUGAAGUCAGUUGUGAUAGGGCCGCUGAGGGUGAAGAUUACGGUGAUGAUGAAUAUUAGGUGUUGAGUUUUUUUUGGUUUUGGUCAUGUCUUGUUUGUCUUUUUUUUAUGAAAUGAAUGUGUUAGAAUAAUAUAUGUUUGAUAAUUUCUGAAAGAACGUCUGCUUCUUUAUAUUAAUAAAUU